GGCUGGCUGGUGCUGCGUGUUUGCCGUAGGCUGGAAGGCGAGCGGAUCUGCAGCGCUCUGGCGUGCUGCAGGCCGGGAGCUCAGUGGCACGGGUUGUUUCGGGGUUCCCCUCCCCGGAUCCCCGGCCGUGACCCUGGGCAGCCUGAGCUGGGAUUCGGGCGAGCUGAGCUCAUUGGUCCCCGCCGCUGUGUGAACAGCCCUUGCUGCUUUGGUGUGCGGUGGCACGGGGCUGCCCUGCAGUGACCCGUUGUAAAUGGUUGCUAAGAAAUUCAUUGAAUAAACACCAUUAUUUUUUAUUUGAAAAUAGCCAUCGAAAUAGAUCCCCGGAGAACAGUAGGCCGUUAUUUGAAAGGAAGAUGCGUAGACAGGCUCUGACGGACUUGUGCUUGCAUGGAGAGCAUGGAUCAGCCAGAGUAGCCUACGAGUGGGGUUGGUUUGUGUCUACAUCUGCAGCACGCCUCUUGCCCUGGUUCCCUUUUUUUUUUUCAGUUGGCAUCUGGAGGUGUAUUUUUUAAAUGUAAUUGAUGAAAUGCCUCAACUGAGUUUUGUUUUCUAAAAGACGUUAAGUUCAGACGCGUUAUUUCAGGUGCUAAUUGAAAAUACAGUAUCUAGGCUUAACAGAUACUUGUAACAAAUGUAAGGGUAUCUGAACAUCAUGUGUGCACGGCUGUCUCUCCAUCUCUGUGCUUCACAUACAGCAAAAUUACCAGGAUGUAAAAGGCUUAGAAGCCUUCCAGGGACAUCGUGAAGUGUCAUGGAUGCUCAAUACAGACAGGCUGGUAUAUUUGUAUUAGUGUUGUGCGACCUUGUGAGGUUGUUCCCAUGAUAUGUUAGGACCAUAAAUAUCUGAUUGAUUUCCAUUGUUUUCAGCUGGAAUUGAAAAGGUUCUUUACAGAUUGUUGGAAGUUUUCCUAUGUUGUGAAUUUUUUGUUUUGGAGUUAUGAAAGCCUUAAGUUAGUCUAAAGUAAGGUUUUGCUGUAUUUACAAGCUUAUAUUUGCUUAAUCUCUUCAAACCAUAGAAAUUGUCAUUGACAAAAUAGUGCAUGGGGGUAACUUCAGUGAGGCUGUUAGAUUCUUCUCUCUCAUAUGUUAAGAGUAAUUUGGGUAUAGAUCUGUUGAACAAAAAGGAGACUAUUGAGGGUUUACGGCUUUGAGGAAUGGAAGAAAAUGCUUUUGCAGAUCUCUGGGUGUGCUAACAACCUCAGCUUCCCAGAAUUUGACAAUGAACUAUUCAGAAUAUAAGAUAUGUUUUUAUCCAAAGCAACAUGUUGAUGAAUUUAAGUAAACUAAUUAUGGCAUAUCGUUCUUACCUUCCAUAUCUAUUUAGAAAGAUUAGCAUUAGAGAUAAAAAUCCAUAAUUUACUUUUAAUCUGUUCUUUUCUGGUUUAUUCAUCCAGCUUGCUAUAAAAAUAUAUUUAUAUAUUCUAAGCUCGUACUUUAUAGAUGCCAUUUUCUGAAUAUAAAAAUAGUCUGCAUUUGUUGCACAAAAUGCCUUUGGGCAGGAGAAGAGGGGGAUAUCUGUCUGGCUGUCAUGGAACAUAAGAAAAAAUCUGAAGUAUGCUAGAGCUAAAUAUACUGAUAAACGUGCUGCUGUGGGUUAAAAUAGGUUAAAAUGUAUUGAGUUUAGUCAUAUUAGCACAUUAAAUGCCAACAGGGGUCAUACCCAUACCUUUAUUUCAGAAAUAAUCACCAUUUUGCUGUGAAGGCAACUCAGACCUUGUAGUGUGUGCAAACAAAGGAUAUGUUUCUUCAGAGCCUUGUUAUAAAGGACGACAAGCGUCACUCUGUUCUGCCGGCAGUCUGCAGUGCUGGUGCAGAACAUGGGCACCACCGUGCUUAAAUAAACUUUGCACACUACAGCACACUACAUGUUUUGAACAAGAUCUCCUUUUUAAAAGUAAGUCUGAAGCAGAUGUAAGUGGACAUUGCCAGGCUCAGAGUAAUCUGCUUUGGGACAUGAGACUGCACGGCUGCACUGGGACCACUCCAUCGUGCAGGGAGAGGUGUGAGGAUGUGGCAGGCAUAUGGAUGCAUGCAGGGCAGUGGGAGGUCCUUGCUGAAGGGGCAAGGUUGGCCUGGCUGCUUCUUCAGUUCAUUUGUAGGCUUUGUGUUUCAAAGUAUAUAGGCAACAUGGUAUAAAAUGAAGUGGCUGUUGGGCAGCAUCAGGUGAUGCUGAUGUUCAGCCAGAGGCUGGGGGCCUGGCAGCCCAUGCUAUUGUAAUGCUGUACUUCAGUUAUUGAGUUUGGAGGGUUUGCUCGUUUUAUUUUGUGACUGCUCUGCCUUUGAGUAUUCUUUGCAUGAACCAGGAAGGAAGUUUGGAAGCAGACUUUGGCUAAGCUCUCUCAAGUACAUCUGUCUGUCCAAGUCGCUUUUAAUUUCUUUCACUUCACAGUGUUUAAAUAUAAAGUCACAGAGAGCGCUGAGGUUGGUUGGUGUCGGCAAUGCUAAUCAGACAUAAUUCAGCUGAAUGUUAUGUGAAGGAAGAUAACGUGGGGGGGGAAGGCGGCAAGUCACUUCAAAAGAGCUCCUCAGAAACUCAACUCAGCUCUUAUCUCCCUUUCAAAUCUGUCUUCUCCUGCCCUCCUAGAGUGAAUCAACCUGACACUGUAGCAAUUUUUGUGAGAGUUGGGGUGAAGUGUUUGGAAUGCAUCAAAGGGGUGAAGCAGAGAACAUCUGAGGAAGUUCACCUUUUAUCUGAUACCCUCUUUUUUGAUUGCAGAGAAGGUUAGGUCUUUGUUCCCUCUUUUCACAUUAUCAAGUUUUGUGUUAUUUUUUUCUUCUGUGAAACAAGAAGGGGUUUAUUGCAGGAAUUACUGUCCUUUCAUAGUCAUUGAUUUAAAUUAUGUGAUUUAUGGGAGAGUGUGGUCUUUUCUCCUGUAUGCUUAUGCUGCAUACUUUUCAUGUUGAAUAUAAUUGCGUUCUGGAGUAGACUGAGAACAUGUUUUGAGUACCUAUGCAGGUGUAUAAACAUGAGCUAUGGAUAUAUAUAUGGAUAUAUGUAUGGAUGUGUGUAGUAUUUGGGAUCAAAUGUACAACAGAGAUAUUUUGAUUGUCUCAGUCCAACUGUUGAGAAUGUGGAGAAGUUGACAGAAGAACUAAAUGUAAUUUCUCAGAAAGUUGUAGGGGAUGAAGAAUUUGUGACUUUUUUUCUUUCCUUGUCUCUUUUCUGUGUUAAACUGCCUUUGAAUGGUUACAUCUUCAAAAAUACACAAGGCUGUGCUGGUAAUGAUGGUAAAAGCCCUACUGUUUUUUCUAGAAGCACAGUUAUAGCAAUGCUCUGUCCCUCUUUCCAGUUGUCCUUGCUGCUGCUACUGAGCUGUAGAAGCUGAUUUAAGUUUUUAGGACGAUUCUUUGUUACUGGCUUGAGUAGACUUUAAAGGAGCCAAAAGGUAAGAAUGCUUUUCGGAAUGUGUUAAAUAAUUUUCCUUCUAGUAUGAUAUGGAAGUGUUUCAUUUUAGGAUUCCCUGCAAGCGAAGCUACAGUUAUUGGUUGCACCUCCGCAUCCCUCCAAGAAAAACAGCACGUUUUUAGUACAGAAUGACAUUGAGUUGAAUUGAUAAAAGAUGAUAGGAAAACUUAAUAAUGUUUUUCAACUUCAAACAAACUAUUAAUGUUUAUUUUUUGUACUUUUCAGAAACAGAUGGAGUCACAUUUAGAAUUCAAAUCAGCGUGAAAGAGCUACUGGAUACAGAUAUACUUUUAAAGCUGCUGUUUCGUUUACCAGUCAAUUAUCCAUCAACUCUACCAGAAAUUUCUGUUAGCUCAGACCAGCUUACAAGGGCCCAGUGUAUGGACAUAAAAGAUAAAUUACUUGAACAAGCAAAGAAGCAUCUUUCUGAACCCAUGGUGCAUGAUCUGCUUCUUUGGAUACAGCAGCAUCUUAAAUAUAUCAUUAAGCAACCAGCAACAGUUUGCAAUGAAAAAACCACUUUAUCAAAAGGAGCAAGUACAGAGGAUGCUAUCUGGAUGCUCCUUUUGCAUUUAGAUCACAUGAGAGCGAAGGCAAAAUACGUCAGAACUGUGGAAAAAUGGGCUUCAGAUCUAAAACUGACUGGAAGACUGAUGUUCAUGGGCAAGAUAAUAUUGAUUCUUCUUCAGGGUGACAAGAGCAACAUUAAGGAGUACUUGAUUCUUCAGAAAACUUCUAAGGUAGAUGUGGACUCAAGCGGAAAGAAAUGCAAAGAGAAAAUGAUUAGUGUACUGUGUGAGACAAAAGUACAGUCGCAGCAUAAAAGGUUUCAGAUGUUUGAAGUCAAAGAAUAUUCAACGCUGAAUGAGCUACAAAAGGAAUUUGAAGCUGCAGGACUUGCAAAUCUCUUCUCUGAGUUUGUGCCUCCUCUCUUAAAAUAAAAUAAAGCACUGGACUCUAUGACAAAAGUAGUAUUAGACUGCAGAUUCUUCUGGGAAAUAAAAACUAUUUUGACAAGCAAACUUAUCUACAAAAAAAGAAAAAGAAAAAAAAAAAGCCAGGAGUUGCAGUAAGGAGAAAACAACAUAUACAUUAAGAAUUGAUUUUUUGACUUCUGUGCAUGGUAUAACUUUUUCAGUGGAAUGUGGAAUUAAUUAUGAUAUUUGCAUGGUAAAUAUGAAAUACUGGGAGAAAAUAGUGUUAGAAUAAUAGUAUUUCAAUUAAACUGUUUUACAGUCCUGAUUUUCAAUGUUUGUUUUUUAUCUCUUGUGAUGGUGGUCUUCCAUAAUAGCUUGCUAGAAAUUGUGACUAAUUUCAUUUUGGAAGCCUAUGUAAAAGUAUUUUUCUAAAAAGGGUAGCAAACAUCUUAGUAUGAGAGGACAGCAUAUACUUAACAACCUUUAGGUGCUUGUCUGCUAACAUUUCUUUCUCUAUUUAUUUUAAUCUAUAUAUACUUGAAUGUUGAUUUAAAGAAAGAACUCAUGUGGCUUUGGAUAUAAAAAUCCUAGAAAUGUUUUUCUUAAUGUUAGUUUUUAUUCUAAAAUAUAUAAAACCACUGAAGUGGAGAAUUUAAAUUGAUUUAAAAACUGUAUAACAGCUGAGAUAAAGCCAAUUGUAGUGUUUUCUUUGGUGGAUGUAUGUCCUCAGCCAGAUCUUUAAAAUCCUCUGGUGUUCUGGCAAUAGAACAGUAAGGUAUCAACAUCUUGGCUAUUUAAGUCUCGCUGGGGCCUUAUCCAGCUUGCAUAUAAAUCAGCUGAAUAUUCUUUCCAUUAAUUUUGGGAAUUGGAUGGAAUAGUUUUCCUAGUCAUGUGAUCUCAAUUUGUGUAUGACUGCAAAAGUAAUUGAGGCGUUAUGGACAUCUUUCUUGCAAGCGUAGGUGCAGACUCUCCUCCAGUUUCUUCCUCACUGCUGUAAAAGCUAUGACAUUUAGCUGCUUUAGAAAAGCCAUUUGUGGGGUAAGCGGCUCCAGUCACACUUGGUUGUAAACUCAUGUAUUUUCUGGAAUGUUACUGUUACCCGAUGCCUUGUUGGUUAACUGUUUGGACAGGGCUUUUCAAAGAAGCUAGGUGAUUUUUGAUUUUUGUAUUCCAAGAGCCAUAGAAAGAAAUGUAGAAAACAAUCACAGUGCCAUUAUCACAGGUGACUUUGUUACUUACUAACUUACACUGGUCAAAUAAACAAGUCUAGUGCGGAAAGGACUGUGGUAUUUAUGCUUGAUUUGAUGUGCUUCAGAAGAAUUACAAAUCUGAUCAGCUUGAUACUGUUCAGACAGCAAAGAAGAACAUGAAAACUGAUGUCAGUCUGAUUCUGUCAAAGCAAACGUUUUUGCCUACCCGUCAAUCAGUCACUUCUUUUGAAGGAUAGGAGAGAUAUCUUGUGUUCAGACAAGUAAACAAUAUUUUUAAAGGUUGUUCUUUUGGAAGAAUGUUGCAGCUGUCUGUUAACAGAUGGUAUGUUUGCAUUUACUGGUAAAAGAGAUGGGUAAGCCUGUGAGCCCCCUGGGGCACAGAAGUCAUCGAAAUGCAUGCUGUGGUGCAUGUUCCUCCCUCCAAAGGAAGUGAAGCAGACACAGAAGUACAAAACGCAAGGAAACGAAGCCAAAGCUCCCGAGAAUUGUUAAGAGGGCAUGUCUCGGUGUCUGAAAAGUAAGUGAAAUAUAUAUAGUUAUUGGAGUAAGACAUUUUACUUGCAAAAAAAGGAAAAAAGAAGAAAAGAAAAAACUGCAAAGAAAAAUAUUUCAACAAAUAAAAAGCUAACUUUCUUGUGAAAAUUGCAGUAUAAACAAUCUUUGAACAGCUUGUUUAGUAAAGUCUUAUUUCCUAUGGACUUGCUUGUGUCUAAAUUGUACGCAUGAAACCUUUCCUGUAAGCAAAGCACUCAUGACUGCUUUCCCAGGGGGAUUUCCCUGUGUCUGAUGCUGGCUAUGAUCUGCAUAAAUCAUUAAAGGAUCAGUAACAUUUUUCUUCUCAGUCUGCUACCUGUGUUCAUCAAACCCAUUAGAACUUCCUUCAGUUGUUAACCUCAUUUUACUUGGAAUAAGUUGAAUUUAAAACUUAAAGAAAAAGUGUAGUAAAAAUAUGCACGCUUCCUUAUGGGAGCCAUGUAACCAUACCUUGCUAUGGAAGUCAGGCUGCAAUGAAAGCUGUAGCAGUAGGACUGAUGACUUGAUAAAUCAAGUUUUUUAGGAUAAAACUGUGGUUUAAUUGGCCUCUAUGAAUCCCUUGUUUUAUUAAGUGUGAACAAAGCAAAAGAUGGAUUAAGAAAGGUACACUGACACUGGGGUAAAAACUCAAACUGCACAUCAGCCCUACUUGCACAGUUGUUCUUAUGUGAAUGCAUUGCAUCCAAAGUAUCUGUUCUAAUCUUGAUGAGAUGUGCUCUGCUCCACAGAAGGAUGUGCUACCCCCAGCCUUGGUGCCUGUUAUUUCCAGAGAUGUACCUAGAUGUCUCAGGCAGGUUUACUAUAAGGCAUGUUUAGAGGGAGGAGCCAGAAUAAAACUCUCUUCUUUAUCACCUUUGAAAACAUUAUUUUUAAUAUAUAUGGACUGUGGUUAAGGGUUGUAACUGAUAGAUCUUGAAAAAUAAUCUGUAUGAGCAGCCAACCAUUCAGGACAGUUUCAUGGCUUCAGUGGAAGUAAUGCAGGGUUCCAGAUGAGGGAAGUACUUUUCCUGAGGGGCAUCAUGGGAUUUUUGGGAAUUUGUCAGUCUUUUUCCCUCUCCACCUAUUCAGUCUCAUUUAAGAUUAUAGUUCCCUCCCUCCCUGCUCCUCAUUUGUUUUUGUUAUUCCAAGAGCAACGAGACACUGUAAGAUGAAACUCAUUGAUUAAAAAACUAAUUGAAAGUAGAUUUUUUUUUUGUGAAUAAAGCUAAUUUUUAUA